CGUCCAUGCGGAAAAGCAGGUUGAAUGUUACGGUCGGAUGUGCUGCGAAUCUGUUGUGUAGUCUGGGACCUGUCAUUCUAUUCCACCGCCAUUGUGAUGAUGAUCUCAUGGUUGAUGAUUCGCACACAGCAGGAGGAAGCACCGGGGAAAUAUGUAGAAUAUUUUCAGCCAUUGUCUGCUUGCCAAGAGACAUAAACGUUGUGAAAUAAUAAGUGUAGGGGCCCUACCUCUCCAUCCUCUUUAGCAACCUGUUAGCAAACGUUAGCGUCCUUGCUAGCGCUGUUACUGACGUGAUAGCUCAUUUAAUCCACCGAAUUUGGUGCAUUGUUGAAUGACACUUCUCGUCCACUAAGCUAUGACGGUGUGAUACACACAUGCAUGCCUGGUGUUCAACUUGAGCACAAUAGCCACCCAGGAGAAUGAAUGCAGAGGAAGUGGAGCUGCUAAGUGACUCCAAGUACAGGAACUAUGUGGCAGCGGUGGAUAAAGCCCUUAAAAACUUUGAGUACUCGAGUGAAUGGGCAGACCUCAUAUCUGCUCUGGGCAAACUCAACAAGGUAUUGCAGAACAAUGCAAAAUAUCAAGUGGUUCCCAAGAAGCUGACAAUAGGCAAGCGGUUGGCCCAAUGUCUCCAUCCAGCCUUACCCAGCGGAGUCCACCGUAAGGCUUUGGAGACCUAUGAGAUCAUCUUUAAAAUUAUUGGACCCAAAAGGCUGGCCAAAGAUCUCUUUCUUUAUAGCUCGGGGCUAUUCCCUUUACUCACCAAUGCUGCCAUGUCUGUAAAGCCUGUGUUGCUGGGCCUCUAUGAGACGUACUACCUGCCUCUGGGCAAGACGCUGAAGCCGGGUCUACAGGGACUCCUGACUGGAGUACUGCCUGGCCUUGAGGAAGGAUCAGAGUUUUAUGAUAGAACCAACACCCUUUUGGAGAAGGUGGCAGCAGCAGUGGAGCAGUCGGCAUUCUACAGUGCCUUAUGGGGCAGUAUCCUUACCAGUCCCGCUGUGCGUCUCCCGGGGGUCUCCUUUGUUCUACUGCACCUGAACCGCAAGCUCUCCAUGGAGGACCAGCUUUACGUCAUGGGCAGUGACAUCGAACUCAUGGUGGAGGCUGUCAGCACAUCAGUCCAGGACUCAAGUGUGCUGGUGCAGAGAAGCACUUUAGAUUUGAUCCUUUUCUGCUUCCCAUUCCACAUGAGCCAGGCUACUCGCCCGGACAUGAUACGGAUCCUGUCAGCUGCUUUGCAUGUGGUUUUGAGAAGAGACAUGUCCUUGAACCGCCGACUCUACGCAUGGCUACUUGGUUUUGACAACAAUGGGCUGAAAACAGGCCCCCGUGCCACUCGCCAGAGCAAACCAGAAGAGCAUGCUAGCCACUAUUUCAACACCUUCUCAAAAGACAUGCUUGUCCAGGCAAUGGUGGGGAUAUUGCAGGGUAAAGUGCGAGGCGGAGAAGAGGAAAGCAUUCUCAUGCAUGACCUUAAGCCAUUUCGCAUCCUUAUCAGUCUGCUUGACAAACCAGAGCUUGGUCCAGCUAUCUUAGAGGAUGUUCUUAUUGAAGUGUUUCGUACGCUGCACACAAAGUGUAAAACUGAGUUGGGCCUCCAAAACCAGAGUUCCUUCAGCAAGGACCACACACACCUUAGCAGCAAACUUCGAGAGAACAAGAAGACAGCGGAACUGAUUAAAACAGCCAAUCUCCUGUUCAACUCUUUCGAGCCAUUCUACAUGUGGGACUAUAUUGCUCGCUGGUUUGAGGAGUGCUGCAGGACGACACUGAAUGUGCAAACGAGUAUUCCAAAGCAUGCCGGCAGUUUAGAUACCUCAGAGCUCUCCUUAAUGGAGUUUUGUCAGCUAGUUGAUUUCCUGCUGGACAUCGUUUCCUUGCCUACUAGAAGCAUGAGGGUAAUCUGCCAGGAGACGUACAUCGAGAUCCAGACAGAGCAUCUUCCUCAGCUAUUGCUGCGCAUGGUGGCUGCACUAACCGGUCACCUGCAGACCUUGGGGCUUGGAGAGCUCACUCACUGCCUGCGUCUCUGCUCCAAGAUCCUGAGCAAAGUACAACCACCAUUAGUGUCGCCUUUGGCUCUGCCCCCAAGCCCCCAGGUGCAGGGCCUUUCCAGCUCCUGUGGAAAUUCUACCGACUCCGCAAAGGAUAAAAAAAAUGAUACUACUACCCUUCCUGUGACUGUCGAUCCACAUGGAAGUGGGGAGGUGUUCAAAGGUGUAGAAAAUCAUACCAUCUCAUCUGAAACUUCCUUCACAGACUUUAUCCAGUACCAUGAGGGUGGCCCUGAUACACAUCCUCACAUGCACCCAACACAUAAAACGGGCAUUCGUUCCUCGGGCCCAUCACAACCUAAACCUGUGGACAAACCAGUCAUGCAGUGCUGCUUGGAACACUUCCAGCAAUUUAUAUCCCGGCUUAUUACCUUGUAUAUAUCUUCUGAAGAAGUGAACAAAGACGAGAAGGACAGAGGCCUGGCGGUACAGUCAACUAGCCUUGUAUUGGAGAGUACCUCACAUUGUGGGCAUGUAGAUCUUACUAAGCCAAGUUUGGACACUGUGAUGGUGCAGAAAGAGUGCAUUGCUGCUUUUACUGCAGCCUGCCAGCUGUUCUUGGAGUGUUCCAGUUUUCCAGUGUACAUUGCAGAGGGAAACCUGAAGGCCUCACCCACACAAGAACAAGAAUGUGACAGCGAACAGGGAUGUCUGCCAGUGUGGCUGCAGGCACUCAUGGAUGCCACCUGCUUGGCUAGCAACUUCAGUCUGCAGGGUGUGGCCAUUUCUCUGCUAAUGGACCUUGUGGGACUCACACAGUCUGUGGCCAUGGUAACAGCUGAGAGUGUGGCAUCCAGUGGCAACUCUGAGUCUGCCCAGCCAAUGAGUCCCAGCCAAGGGCGAGUGGCUGUUGUCAUCAGGCCCCCACUCACUCAGGGAAUUCUUAUGUACAUCGCGAACAAGACCGACUUCUUUAAGAAUGUGGCUCUUAUCCUGUGGGAUCAGUUGAGUGAAGGAACACCUCAGCACCAUCAACGAAGUGUGGAGCUCUUCUAUCAGCUCCACAACCUUGUACCAUCUUCCAGCAUCUGUGAGGAUGUGAUAAGCCAGCAGCUCAUGCACCGUGACAAGAGAAUUCGCCUAGAAGCCCAUGUAAAGUUUUCCGUGCUGUGGCAUUUGACACGAGAUUUAAACAUGACCAAAUCUUCUCCUUUUAAUCGCGCAUUUGACAGAUCUCUUUUUAUCAUGCUAGACAGCCUGAGUUAUUGGGAUCCUUGUACAAGUUCAGUUGGCCGGGCAUGGCUUAAUCAGGUCCUUCAGCGACAUGACAUUGCUCGGGUACUGGAACCACUCCUUCUUCUUCUACUGCACCCAAAGACCCAUAGAGUUUCCAUUCAAAAAGUACAAGCCCAGCGCCACUGGGCCCAUGUCUUUCCUGGCCUGCCUGAAAAUGAACCAUCAGAACCUGUAGACCCCAGAGACUCAGGGUUCUCUGAAAACUUCAGCCGUAUGCAAGUGGACAGAAUGGCACAGAGAGAUUUCCCAGGUCUUGAAGUCGGUGACAUGGAGCCAUUUUGUCUUACUGUUAACCCUCUGAGUGACAGCUUAUCCAUACUGAGUCUGAGCAGUGAGAAUUUACAACUAACUGCUGGAUUUCAGCCUGCUGAUCAGCAGGAGGAGCCCCAUUCCUCUGAAUCGACUGGUUCUCAUUCCUCUCCAGUGGAAAAUCAAAGUUUUGAUGAGCCGGAGGUUGUAAACAGCAUAUCCAAUAGUCCAGAUCAACAGCCUGCUUCCUCAGAUUCUUUGUCUGAAGACUCAUUAGAGGAGACUGUUUUCUCUGUCGUAAACGAUCUGAUAGAAAAUGUUCUGAGUUUAGUAGCUGAGGAGUCUCAUGACAUGCCGAUUCAGUCUGAAGACUGGCCUCAGUCAGACUCGGAGAGUACUUCCUCAGAUAUAUCCACUGGUGCCCAUCUGGACUCUGGACUUACUCAAAGCUGCAACCACCAGACGCUGCCAGAGAUGCUGGCUGAAGGAACACUGGAAUUCCUUGGCGUCCCUUCACCUGAUGUAGCUGCAGAAGAGCAGCAGCACAGAGAGGGCAUCAUUCGUCACAGUUCCUCACCUUCCAUUGUCACAUUACCUGACAACGCAGACCCAGCCAUUUCAGACCACAAUCUGCAAGUGGACAACUCUCAAGCACGCAAACGUAGCCAUAGCAGCACGCAGCUCAGCCUUAAAGGCAAAAUCAUGGAGAAGCUGGCUGACAAAUCCACGGGGGCUAAGCCUAAGACAAAAAAGUCCAAAAGGAAAGAGGAGGAGAGGCAGAGAAAAGCAGCAACCCAAGCUGAUAAAACACAAACACCCAGUAUAUUCUUUGGGGAUAGCCUAGAUCUGGAGAACUGGUAUAGCUGUGGGGAAGGGGAGGUAUCAGAAAUUGAAAGUGACACCGGCUCACCCAGUGGCUGUUCAGGUGGAAACGUUGGAGGUGUCAGUGUCGCAGGACGUAGAUUGUCUUCCGACCCUUCUCGCUUCAAUAUCCAUCCUCUCUACCAGCAUGUUCUUCUAUAUCUCCAGUUAUAUGACUCCUCCAGAGCCCUCCAUGCACUUUCUGCAGUUGCAGCAAUGCUAAGGUCUGCUCCCUCAGGAUUUGUAAGCGCUAUUUCCACUACCAGCAUCAACAACACCUACACCCCCCAGCUAUCUUUGCUCCAAAACCUGCUGGCUCGUCACAGGGUAUCUGUCAUGGGCAAAGACUUCUACUGCCCCAUCCCACAAGACUCCCACUCCCACUCAUUCCGCAGUGCCAUGUAUCUGGAAAUCAUCAUAUCACUUUGUCUAUACUUCCUAAGAAGCUUCUAUUCGGCCCAUGUGACAGCAGGCUCUCAGGACUUGGCGGGGAACCGGGCCAUGCAGCUGACCAGUAUAGAAGUCUUAACUCUUCUGUUCAGUGAGCUGGCUAAAGUCACAGGUGGUUCAGCAAAGGGAUUUGCUAGUUUCAUCUAUGAUGUCUUGUCCAAAUGUAAAGUUCAGAAGGUGGUUCUCCAUUGCCUGCUCUCCUCCAUAUUCAGUGCUCAGAAAUGGCAUGAUCAACGGGCGGCUGGUGUAAACAUGUCCACAGUGGAGGAAGGUCUGUCAGAGGAUAGUAUUAUCAACUUGUCAGAGGACCAGAUGGACAGUUGUAGUGCAGUCCAGUCUCAAUUACUGAGACUACUCCAGAGCCUAGUUGUACUUGAGCACAAGGUUCUUGUACCAGUCGAAGAAGGUGGAGAACCUGCGGCGGGAGCUGCAGGAGCUGUAGCAGCAGGCAACAGCACAGGAACUGGGUUUGAGAUGUUAGGUGGAGAUGUGGAGCAUGUGAACCCUCAGCAGCCAAUGACAUCACUACAGUAUCUUCACGGACAGCCGAUCACAGCACAGGGCAUGUUUUUGUGCGCUGUGAUAAGGGCACUGCAUCAACACCAUGCAUGUAAAAUGCACCCUCAGUGGAUUGGACUCAUCACAGCCACACUCCCAUACAUGCGGAGGAUUCUAAGAAGGGUGGUUGCAUCAGUCACUCUACAGCUUUGCAGGAACUUGGACAAUCUUCUUCACCAGUACCGAUAUGAGACUGGGAUUACUGACUCCAGACCCCAAUGGAUGGCACUCUGCAUUCCUCCUGACCUGUUACUGACAGUACUGGAGGGGAUCACUGCAAUGAUCCACUACUGCCUGCUUGAUCCCACUACCCAGUACCACCAGUUACACGUGAGUGUUGACCAGAAGUACCUGGCUGAGGCUCGCUCAGGCAUCCUGUCCAUUCUCCACACCAUCAUGUCGUCUGUCACGCUACUCUGGAGUGUCCUCCAUCAUGCUGACAGCUCUGAGAAACCAGCUGCUGCUUCUGCUGCUUCCACUUCCAACAUCAAUUUGGGCUCAACUAAGAAAAUUCGUCAGCAAGUCCUAGAGCUGCUCGGCCCCAUUUCCAUGAACCAUGGUGCUCACUUUAUGGCAGCCAUUGCCUAUGUUUGGAAUGAAAGGAAACAGCUCAAGACACCCGUCAGAAAUAAAGUGAUUCCUGUAGCUAGUGAUGAACAGCUGCUGCUGGUUGAGCUGGUUCGCUCAGUGAGUGCCAUGCGCACUGAAACUGUCAUGCACACAGUCAAAGAGGUUCUGAAGCAGCCACCAGCUAUUGCAAAGGAUAAGAAACACAUUUCUUUGGAGGUCUGCAUGCUGCAGUUCUUCUAUGCAUAUGUCCAGAGAAUCCCUGUAUCCACGUUAGUUGAUAGCUGGCCUUCUCUGCUGGCUCUGUUGAAGGACUCCGUGCAGUUAGGCUUGCCUGCCCCAGGACAGUUUCUAAUACUUGGUGUACUGAAUGAAUUCAUUUUGAAGAACCCUAAUCUGGAAAGUAAGAAGGACCAGCGAGAGCUCCAGGAUGUGACACAUAAAGUGGUGGAGGCCAUUGGGACGAUUGCAGGCUCCUCUCUAGAGCAGACCACAUGGCUGAGGAGAAACCUGGAAGUGAAGGCCUCUCCUCAGAUAGUUGUGGAUGGAACUAACCUUGAAGCAGAUGUUGAAGAUUUAAUGCUUACAGUUAUGGAGGCCUCUAGCUUCACCCCAUCCGUUUACAGCGUUCAUGCCCUCACGCUGCUGGCUGAGGUGCUGGCUCACUUGUUGGACAUGGUGUUCUACAGUGAUGAGAAGGAGCGGGUUAUACCGCUGCUGGUCAAUAUCAUGCACUAUGUAGUUCCCUACUUACGCAACCACAGCGCUCACAAUGCUCCCAGCUACCGGGCCUGCAUUCAGCUGCUGAGCAGUCUAAGUGGGUACCAGUACACACGUCGGGCCUGGAAGAAGGAGGCCUUUGACCUCUUUAUGGACCACACCUUCUUCCAGAUGGACUCAUCCUGUGUCAGCCACUGGAGGGCGAUCAUUGACCAUUUGAUGACUCAUGACAAGACCACAUUCAGAGAUCUUAUGACUCGUGUGGCUGUAGCCCAGAGCAGUUCCCUGAGUCUGUUCACAAACAGAGAUGCUGAGCUGGAACAGAGGGCCAUGUUGCUCAAGCGCCUGGCCUUCACAAUCUACAGUAGUGAAGUGGACCAGUACCAAAAGUACCUCCCUGACAUCCAAGAGCGCCUGGUGGAGAGCCUGCGUCUUCCUCAGGUACCCAUCCUGCAUGCUCAGGUGUUUCUCUUCUUCAGGGUGCUGUUGCUGCGCAUAUCACCUCAACACCUCACCUCAUUAUGGCCUACUAUGAUCACGGAACUGGUUCAGGUGUUUUUGUUGAUGGAGCAAGAGCUGAUAUCAGAUGAGGACAUAUCAAGGACAUCUGGGCCAUCUGUGGCCGGCUUGGAAACCACCUAUUCCGGAGGCAAUGGCUUCUCAACGUCCUACAACAGCCAACGCUGGCUCAACCUCUAUCUGUCAGCUUGCAAGCUGCUGGACUUGGCCUUGGCCCUGCCGCCCGAAAGCCUGCCUCAGUUCCAAAUGUACCGAUGGGCCUUCAUUCCUGAAGCCUCAGAUGAUUCUGGAAUGGAGGUGAGACGGCAAGGGACUCACCAGCGGGAGUUUAAACCCUACGUAGUCCGACUCGCCAAGCUGCUCAGGAAACGAGCUAAGAAAAAUCCAGAUGAUGACUGCUUCACUCGAACACUUUCUUGGGAGCCAGGCCACUUGAUGCUAACUCUCUAUGUAAUCCGCAGCAUGGAGCAGCUGCUUCCUUUCUUCAACCUGCUCAGCCAGGUGUUUAACAGCAAAGCCAGCAGCCGCUCAGGUCCCGCUUACGCUCACAACCGUGCAGCUGGCUCCUUCCCUAGUCCAAAGGAGGGCCACAAACUGGAGAGCCAGAAAGUGUUCUGGAGUCGAGCCAGACAAAACAUUGAGGAAAUGGUCGAAAAGGACUUUCUGGAAGGUCUAAUUAAAACGUGAAAACACAGGAGAUUUAUACAUUCUGAUCAGCACUAGUGAAAAACCUCAACUUGUAUUACUGCAACAAGCUGAUACAAUUGUGGGAAAAUACUUUGUACAUUUUUUGGUAUUUAUAAUUAUUUUACAUUUCAAAAGCUCAUUGAUUUUAAUUAUUUGUACAGAGAGAAAGGCCUUGAUGGCUGACUUUUAAUAAUUCAAGUUAGUCCUGUGGGACCAAGAAAAGAUGCCGUGCCAUUCCAUAUCGACGUGACUUAAUAAAAGUUUCUAACAAGAGCGGCA